CAGGCCGUCGCAGGCAGGCUUUAAAGGAGUCGCGUUGUUUUCGGGGCCUAUACUUCCGUCAUAAUAUAUCUCACUGGAUAAACAAAGGGGAGGUUUUUGUUUGUGUCGUUGUGUUGUGUAGGUCGUAGCAAUACCACUCGGAAUUUAACUGGGUAAACAAAUCUGUUCUUUGCUAGAGCUGUGAAACUUGUUUUACUCUGUAGCGUGCCUGAAGACGUCAGACCUCGCCUGCUCGCCGCUGCUGUUACAUUUUUAUCGCAAUCUAAACAGCAUUGUUUGCGGGAUUACAUCGCCAUUACACGCACUAUGUAGCGAAGUGAAUAGUGUGCUGGUGGUAGCUGUUAGACGUUUAUUGGCUUUUUAGUUUUAAACACCGUGCCUUGGCGGAAAGAAGAGGAUUUCGUUUUAUUUAAGGUCAAUUGAGGAUGAAUGAGCAGGGGAGUGGGGUCGUUUCCUUUGAUGAGUAUGUGCGGCAGAAGGCACGCACUGUGCCUCAGCACAGGAUGAAGGAGUUCCUGGAGUCUCUUGCCAAGGGCCCAGAGGUGCUGCAGGAGUUCAGCCAGCAGGAAGGUGCGGCAACCACCACGGCCAUGGUGUACCAGCAGCAGGGUACCAACUGUGUCUAUGCAGACAGUACAGAGGUGGCUGGCUCUCUCUUAGAGCUGGCUUGUCCGGUUCAGAUUCAGGAACAGCCGGGCCAGUCAGUUGGCCAGGUUCUUGAGGUGGCCUCCCCCUCACAGCAGGAGCUGCAGGGAAUCUCAACAGCCCAUUUUGUCCAGCAGGAAGAGCUCACAGAGGAGCAGCAGCAACAGAUUCAGGCACAGCUGGUUGCUGCUGUUGCUCGAGGACAACAAAUCCAGCUGUCAAGUGGACAACAAAUACAGUUACAAGGAACACAGCAUAUUCAGCUGCCAGGUGGCCAGCAAAUUCAACUUCAGGCUGGCCAACAUAUUCAGCUACAGGAUGGCCAACAUUUUCAGCUACAGGAUGGCCAACAUUUUCAGCUACAUGAUGGCCAACAUUUUCAGCUACAGGAUGGCCAGCAAAUUCAGCUACAGGAUGGCCAGCAAAUUCAGCUACAGGAUGGCCAGCAAAUUCAGCUACAGGACGGCCAGCAAAUUCAGCUUCAGGAUGGCCAGCAAUUCCAGCUACAUGGUGGCCAGCAAAUUCGGCUACAGGGAGGCCAACAAAUUCAGCUACAAGAUGGCCAACAAAUUCAGCUACCAAGUGGCCAGCAAAUUCAACUACAAGGUGGCCAAAAAAUUCAGCUACCAGGUGGCCAACAAAUUCAGCUACAGAGGGGCCAGCAGAUCCAGAUUCAGACCAUAGAGGCCAUGUCUCCUUCGCAGCAACAGGACUCACCCAGGGAAGCAGAGAGGAGGUCCGCCACUGUCCCAACGGUUCUCCAACCUGCCAAGAAGCGCAAGGUGGAUGUCCCUCUAUCUGUGUCUUAUGCUGUUACACAGGGGCAGCAGGUGGCCACAGUUCUAACCAUCCCUCAAGGGCAGCAGCAGAGCUAUGUGUCCCUACGACCAGAUUUGCUCACUGUUGACAGCGCUCAACUGUACAGCGCUACAGGAACAAUCACAGGUCCCACAGGUGAGACCUGGACCAUCCCUGUGUACUCCACUCCACAGCAGCAGGGGGUAACUCACAUUGCCAUACCACAGGACACAUACAGCACAAUGCAAGUUACCACCACUAACGGUAAGGACAAAAUGUCCCCCAGUUCCUCAUCAAGGUCUGCAGAUGUGCAGUCGGCCUCCACUGGAACGCAGGAAGAAAUAGUACAGACCCUGUUCCCAGCGCAGUUCAUGAACGGGAACAUUCACAUCCCUGUGGCAGUGCAGACUGUAGGAGGGACUUACAAUGCCGCACAGUCGGUACACAUAUGGGACCCAAAUAAACAGCAGAGCCAAGGAGAAGAGGGACAAGAGCAGCAGCUUCAUCUACAGGGUCACAUAGAAACAGAGUGUCAUGCUGAACCGCCUACAGAGAUCAUGGUUCCUGUCUGCCUGAAGCCAGAGGAAGGCCUGGAGGUCUGGCGCCUUUGGGUGAAACGAAAAAAUGCGGAGCUAAACAAGCAGGAAAAGAACAAGCUUGCACCCAUAGGACGUCGUCAGCCCCUGCGUUUUCAAGAAGACUUGGUGUCCAGCGCGGUAGCUGAGCUAAACUUGGGUCUUUCCCUGAUGACGCAGGAGGCACGAGGAUCAGACGAAGAGCAAUUCACAUCUGAUGUUCUAUAUUAUGUUUUCUUGUGCAUACAAAAGUAUCUCUCCGAAAAUGGACGUGUGGACGAUAUUUUCUCUGAUCCAUAUUACACACGUUUUUGUGGGUGUUUACACAAAAUCCUGGAUGGUUGGAAACCCAGUGUCCAUCCUUUAGGUUAUGUCAUCCCAAGUCAUGUAACAGAGGAGAUGCUGUGGGAGUGCAAACAGCUUGGUGCACAUUCACCAGCCACAUUGCUUACAACUCUAAUGUAUUUCAACACUAAGCAUUUCCACCUGACAACACCCGAACAGCACAUGAAAGUAGCUUUCUCUAAGGUCCUAAGACACACGAGGAAGAACCCCGCUAAUGCCAAGGACAAAGCGACCAGCAUCCGGCUUCUCAAAGGGCAAGGUCCACAAAGUGCAGGACAGAAUGGCGCUCAAUACAAAACUGAUGACAUGUAUGAAGAGCAGGCUGAGGAUCCUGAGAAUCCCCUCCGCUGCCCCAUUAAACUUUAUGACUUUUAUCUCUUCAAAUGUCCUCAAAGUGUUAAGGGACGUAACGAUGCAUACUACAUGACUCCAGAGCCUGUCGUUGCGCCAAACAGUCCGAUGUGGUACUCCUCUCAGCCCCUCACGAGUCAGCAAGUUGAGCAGGUGCUGGCCCGCAUCAUCGUGGUCAGAGAGAUCCAGGAGAUAAUCGGCGUUGGUCCUGAGUUAAACUAAGAGGACUGACCGAAACUUGUUCUUUAGUCACUGAUAGUUGACUAUGCAGUAUCCAUCCUGACUCUAUAAACCUCAAUGACCAUCAUCUCAAAUCAAAAGGAACAACUUCUGAAACAAUCAUUUCUCUUUGAGGAGUGCAUCAUAAAAGCAAAGAUUUGUUUUUUUUCUCUAUUUACAUUUUCUGUUUUCAGCUGAUGGGCUGGACUGUUCUUUCUUUUGAAUACCUUUUGUAAACCAUUGCCUCUGUAACCUUUAAACGGGCAAGUAAGGGAGGCUUUAGUCUUACCGCUGCUGGACUUUGAUUGACCUCCUGCCCUCUGAACUCUGCAGAUGUGGUACAAUUUCCUAUAAAAGUAUACAUUUGAGGAUAUAAACCUUCAGUACUUAACCUCACAGACCAUUUAACACAUUGUCUUUUCAAAGUCCCACUAUGAUACAAUACAUCUUAAUGGACAAUUACAGGGACUUCUUCUCACAAUUGUUUUGUAUACUGACAUGCAUUUUGGAUCACAUAAUUGAUACGUUCAAAACUGAAAAACUUGUGCCUGUUUUCAAAAACGACGUCAUUAUUUAUGCUGUUGGAUCAUUGAGCGAGUGGAACCUCAGAUAUUCACAAGUCAAAGUGCUAUAUUGUGGUAAUUCAGGAGAUUGGAAACACUUUUUCUCAGGUCAAAGCUAGUGAUUUAAACACCCAUCAAGGAUUUUUGCCAACUUGUUCCUGUAUGUAUAGUAGAUUAUUAAACAGGACAUGCAGAUGGAAGUCUUUGUUUAGCUAACAGUAUUAAUCCUUGUCUCAAAAGUCAUGACAAGCAAUU